AUGGACGACAUCGUAUGGAUUCGUGAGGAGCCGCCAGCACCUAACAUCGGGAACCAUUCAGCUACUAACGAUAACACCGUUGUUGUGGAACGAUUCUCAACGACUCUAUCAUCACAAAGCGAAACAGCGGAUUCACCACAAAUCUCAUCGACCAACGCAGUAAAUUGCACUGACCAGUUCGCUCAAAAACAGCUCUCGGAGUCAGCAAACGAAAAUGAAAGGUUGAAUGAGGAGAAGAGGGUUUCAUUCAACAUUCCGCCAGCGUGUACAAAUAGUACUGGCGCUUCAAGUGCUGAACCGCCACGCCAGAAACAAGAAGGUGUGCAAUCCGAAGCAACUUCAAUCCCUAACAGUAAUCAGGAAGGAUUCAGUAUUACGGUAUCUUAUCCAAGUGCUUCUGGAAAUAAAUCUUCGGAUGACUCAACUGAAAAACUACCUGGACAGCUAGAUCAAAAUCCGCCAAAGGAGCUAGAAAAAGAAGCUCUGGCGAUCCAAACGUCUCAUGCAGCUAGCACUUUGCCAUCUCAAGAAAAUUUGAUGCAAAGCAAUGAACAGAGAGGCUUCAAUAUCACAGUAUCCUAUCCAGGUGAUUCCGAGAAGAAGUAUACGGAUAAUUCAUCCGAAAAACAGCCUCAGCAGCCACAUCAGAACCCUCCAAAAGAACUUCAAACAGAAGCCCCAGUCAAUGAAACGUCAUGUCCAUCUAGUACUCUGCCAGCUGUUGAUUCAUCAAUUAAACAGAAGCUUGGUGGCAAAUCCCAAGAAGAUUCGAAGCAAAACAAUGAACAGAGAGGCUUCAAUAUUACGAUAUCCUAUCCAGGUGAUUCCGAAAAUAAAUCGGCGGAUAACUCAUCCGAGAAACAGCCUCAGCAGUUAGGUACGAACCCUCCGAAAGAACUAGAAAAAGAAGCUCCGGUCAAUGGAACGUUAUCUCCAACUAGUAAUUUGCCAGCCGUUGAUUCAUCAAUUAAACCAAGGCUUGAUGACAAAUUCCAAGAAGAUUCAAAGCAAAACAAUGAACAGAGAGGCUCCAGUAUCAUGAUAUCCUAUCCAGGUGAUUCCGAGAAGAAAUCGACGGAUAAUUCAUCUGAAAAACAACCUCAGCAGCCAGAUCAGAACCAUCCAAAAGAACUCGAAAAAGAUGCUUUGGUCAAUGAAGCCCCAUAUCCAGAUAAUACCUCGUUAACUGUUGACACAUCAAUUCAGAAGCAGUCUGAUGACAAAGCUCUGGAAACUACGAAGAAAAGCAAUGGGCAAGGAAACGUCAAUAAUAGCGUCUGUUUAUCAAAUGAUGCAUUUUCAAGCGAUGCUGUUCAUAUUAAUGUAGACGUGUUCGGCCCUACCAUCACCACGCUUCCUGUUUCUAUUGAUGUUAAUAGACCUCCUAGUUCCUUAGAUUCCGCGCAAGUUGAAGUUGAGAAGUUCGAACCAUCGACUACUAAUGUGCCUGUUACCAUAGGUCUCAGUGCUCUGCAGAUCAAUGCUGAAGCUGUAAAGGAACAAGAAGAAAGCAAAACCACACAAGCAAGACUAGUAGAGGAGUCAACAGGGAUAAGCAAUCACAACGACAUCGAUAAGAAUGACGACGGUUUUGAUAUAACUCAUUUGGUAAUUCUCUCUAUAAUCGAUGAGGCUUUCAGUGUUGCUGCUCAACGCAAGUGUUUGUUCGAGGAUGUGUACAAAACGAUUGAGGAUAUCGAGCAGCUGCCUCCACCACCGGAACUGCCUAUUGGCGGAUUGGCGGGAAACGUUGAGAGUGUGAUCAUCGGCAGCGGUGUGUUGAAAUACGUGACCGGAUGCGUUGUGCUCCCGAAUGGGACGGUACUGGCCACUGAUGAGGAAGCGGGACUUCUACUUUUCGAUAUUCAAGGGAACCUUCUAAAAACGAUGCUUGUCGACAUAGAAGAAACGAAAGGCGAUUGGUGCCGAUACAUUGUCAAAUUCACUAUUAAUCUAGACCACGUCGCCAAAAUCGAAGGUUUGAAGUUUUUGGCGUCGUAG